UUCCCAACUGCCAGUAAUCUCAAACAGACUCUGAGGCUCCGUCUUUACUCCAACAGACAGCAGCGUCUUUAGGCUGGAUAAUAGUCAAAUUCUUACCUCCCUCUUUCACUGCGAGUAAGAUCAGAUUGCAUUUCUUUCGGUAUUCUUCAGUCCCCAGUUUCUUGAUCUGUUUCUAAAAGAAGUAGAAAAGAUAAAUCAUCUCUUCAAUACCUGGAAGAAAAAAGAAAAUAACCUCAACUCCGUUUUGAAAAUACCAUUUCAAGAACUUUCAUCAGAGAUUUUACUUGACAGGAAAGGCCAUGUGAGGACAUAGCGAGAAAGCAGCCACCAUUGGCAAGCCAAGAGAGAACCCUCACCAGGAACCACUGGGCCAGCACCUUGAUCUUGAAUUUCCUAGCCUCCAGAACUGUGAGAGAUGGUUUACACAAUGAAGAAAGUACAUGCACUUUGGGCUUCCAUAUACCUGCUGUUUAAUCUUGCCCCUACCCCUCUUAAUGCAGAUUCUGAGGAAGAUGAUGACUAUACAAUUAUGACAGACACUGAGUUGCCACCACUGAAAUUUAGGCAUACGUUUUGUGCAUUUAAGGCGGAUGAUGGCCCAUGUAAAGCGUGGAUGAAGAGGUAUUUCUUCAAUGUUUUCACUCGACGGUGUGAAGAAUUUAUAUAUGGGGGAUGUGAAGGAAAUCAGAAUCGAUUUGACAGUCUGGAAGAAUGUGAAGAAAUGUGUGGAAUAGGUAACGGAAAGAUGAUAAAGACAACAUUUCAAAAUGGAAAGCCAGAUUUCUGCUUUUUGGAAGAAGAUCCUGGAAUAUGUCGAGGUUAUAUUACCAGGUAUUUUUAUAACAAUCAGACAAAACAGUGUGAACGUUUUAAGUAUGGUGGAUGUCUGGGCAAUAUGAACAACUUUGAGACACUGGAAGAAUGCAAGAACACCUGUGGAGACACUUUGAAUGAUUAUGGAAGCCAAGUCAAUGCUGUGAAUAACUCCCUGACUCCACAAUCAACCAAAGCUCCCUGGCUUUUCGAAUUUCGGGGUCCCUCAUGGUGUCUCGAUCCAGCAGACAGAGGAUUGUGUCGCGCCAAUGAGACCAGAUUCUACUACAAUUCAGUCAUUGGGAAAUGCCGCCCAUUUAAGUACAGCGGAUGCGGGGGAAAUGAGAACAAUUUUACUUCCAAAAAAGAAUGUCGGAAGUCAUGUAAAAAAGGUUUCUUCCAAAGAAAAUCAAAAGAAGGCCUAAUUAAAACCAAAAGAAAGAGAAAGAAGCUGAAAGUGAAAAUAGGAUAUGAAGAAAUUUUUCUUAAAAAUACAUAAAUUUGUUAUAGCAAUUUAGCAUUAAUUCUAAUAAUAUUUUAUAGGAAAUGUUUCACUUUAUUUUCUAUUUUUCCCUUUACUAAAAUAAUUUUAAUUAAUACGUUCAUUAAAUUUUCUAUGUUUAUUG